GAGCAGUAGUUACGCGUUGUUUACGAGUUUCAAGUCUCUGUGAAGCAUUAUUAUGCCACCAAAACUUAGCGGUAAAGCUGUGAAGAAGGCUGGAAAAGCUCAGAAGAAUAUCAGUAAAGCUGACAAAAAGAAGAAAAGGAGGAGGAAGGAAAGUUACGCUAUUUACAUUUACAAGGUGCUCAAACAGGUGCAUCCUGAUACUGGUAUUUCCAGUAAAGCAAUGAGCAUCAUGAACAGCUUUGUCAAUGAUGUUUUUGAACGCAUUGCGGCAGAAGCAUCAAGAUUGGCACAUUAUAACAAACGUUCGACGAUCACAUCUCGUGAAAUUCAAACUGCUGUGAGACUUUUACUGCCUGGUGAAUUAGCUAAGCACGCAGUUAGUGAAGGUACCAAGGCAGUUACCAAAUAUACCAGUUCUAAGUAAGAAUAUAGCU